AUGGCUUUCUCCAAUUCUACCACCGAUUAUCUUUCCAAUCCUACUAAUCCUCUGUUUCUGCAUCCCGGUGAGAAUCCCGCUCUACUUCUUGUCACUCCUCCUCUUUCUGACAAUAACUAUCAACAAUGGCGCCAUGAUAUGCUCGUUGCUCUGGAAACCAAGAAUAAAGAAAAAUUCGUUCUUGGCACUAUUCCUUGCCCUCCUGCUGAUGAUAUUCUUCACGAAGCCUGGAAACGUUGUAACAAGAUGGUGAUUUCAUGGCUGACACGAUCCAUGACGCUUCCUAUUAAACAAUCUGUUAUGUGGAUGGAAUCUGCCUAUGAGAUUUGGAUUGAUCUUCUUCAACGUUUUUCUCAUGGUGAUAAGUUCCGUAUUGCUGAUCUUCAAGAAGCCAUUCAUUCUUGCAAACAAGGUGAUUCCACUGUAUCUCAGUAUUAUACUCGCCUUCAAAUAAUUUGGAAAGAGCUUUCUCUAUAUCAGACCAUUCUUGUCUGUACCUGUCCUUCUCCUUGCAAUUGUGGAUUAUUAAUCAAGAUUCAACAAGACCGCAAUGAUGAUUCUGUAAUCAAGUUUCUCCGUGGGUUAAACGAUGAAUUCUCUUCUGUACGUUCCCAAAUCAUGCUAAUGGAACCCAUGCCGAAUCUUACCAAAACUUUUUCUUUGAUCCUUCAACAAGAACGUGAAUUUCAUAAUUCGUCCUCACAAACUCCGCAAGAUUCUAUGGCCAAUUUCAAUUCUUACGAUCCUCAACACAAGCCUUAUAAGAUCGAUCGUUCUGGUACUUUUUCUGGUCGUGGACGAGGACGCACUACUAAAUUUGGUGGUCGUUCUAAAUAUUGUGAUCAUUGUAAAAGAACUAAUCAUACUUCUGAUAAUUGCUGGAUCAAAUAUGGCCUUCCUCAAGGUUAUAAACCUGUCAUCAAACCUCAUUUAGCUAUCUCCAAUUCUUCUGCCAACAUGACUAAUGGUGAUUCACACACCUCCACUGAUACUUCUAAUGAUGAUUCUUCUGCUGAUCAAACUCAACCUCAAUACACUUUUUCUCAAGAUCAGUAUAACGCCAUUCUUGGUUUAUUGAAGCAAUCUCAAUCUCCUACUACUAGGGAGGCCAGUGUUAAUCAAUGUACUCCACAGUCAUCAGAUGGAUACUUACCAGACGAUUGGAGUAGCUAA